UCUCGUGUUCUGCUGGAAAAAGGCGAUUUCGUGUUUGCCUCAACCACGCGGAAGUGUUCUGCAAUGUUCAGUAUGGCAACCACGUGGGAGUGUUUUGUAAUGUUCAGUUGGCUCGUCUUCAAUGCCAAGCGAAGAAGGAAUCAUGGGGCCUUUCGCGAGGAACGAAGGAGUGCGAAGAGAACGAAAUACAGAAACCAUCUGGCCCAUCGCCAACCCAAGCAGGAAUCAUGGGGACGAUCGCGUGGAACGAGCGAGAGGGAAGCAGAAGGGAACACAGCAACCGUGUGCCCCAAUGUCUUCGUCAUCCGUUCCCUCCAUCCCCGCCACUUGCGACACGUGCCACGACAUGAUGAUCAUCAGAGUGUUGAUGAAGAUGAUGAUGAUGCUGAUUGCGAUGCAGACGAUGAUGAUGAUGACAUGAUGAUCAUCAGGGUGUUGAUGAAGAUGAUGAUGAUGAUGAUGAUGAUGAUGAUGACGAGGACGGUGGCGUUGUUGAUGACUACGACGAUGUCGGUGAUGAUGAUGAUGAUGGUGUUGAUGAUGUCGUUGAUGAUGAUGAGGAUGAUGAUGAUGAUCAUGAUCAUGAUGGUGUUGAUGAUGAUGACAACGAUGAUGAUGAUGAUGAUGAUGAUGACGUUGAUGAUGAGGAGGUUGACGAUGAUGAUGAUGACGAUGACGACGAUGAUGAUGAUGAUGAUGAUGGUGAUGAUGAUGAUGAUCAUGAUGAUGAUGGUAAGCAAGAGUCAAGGGGGCGCUCGCGAGGAACGAACGAGUGGGAAGCAACAGGGCAUACAGAAACCAUGUGCCCUAAUGCCAUCGAUAUCCGUUCCCGUCGUCCCCGCGACUUGCGACACGUGGCGCAAUGCGGCUGCUUCCAUGCGCCGGCAAGCAUGUGCGACGACUGACAAGCGCGCAAGCAGAAAACCACUUUACCUUAACGAGGGCACAGCGCACACGAUGGCGCAGCUCUCUGACGGGGCACAAGUCUUGGACGACGCGCAGUUCUUCGACGAUGGCGCGACUAUUCGACAAGGGCUGAGCGCAGACCACGGCGGCCACUUGCUAACGCAGAACGCAAAGAAGGAAUGUCGAAGCGCCGACAACUGGACCCCCGCAGCGGGCAGAAGGACGGGAAAGAGUUGGCGACGAGAGGGACGCCCGCAGACACGUGGCGCAACAGCGGAGCAGCAAAGGCGAUGGAGGAGGUCGCCGAAGGAACGUAGCGCGUGAAUGCGCUCGUCACGGCGGGAGAUGCGAAUGCGCUGCACCAGACCCUAGGUAGCGGAGCCCCAAACUGUC